CGUCGCAACGCAAGUGUUGGUGAAAUUCGUUUAUUGCUUAGCUCUGUAUGUACAAAGGACAGAAGGAACAAGUUGCAAAUCUUGUCAAUUACGUUUUAGUACAAAAACACUAUACACAUAAAACUUAAACCGAAUAAUAAACAAUUCGUGAAUUGAAUUGCUAGCAUUGCUUUAAAAAGUAGAAAAAUCGACGCUCUUUCCUUUUUCUCUCUCUUUCUCCUUUGAUCGUCGGGUAUAUGUACACAUCUACAUACACACAUACAUAUGUGCGUUGUGCUAUGAUUAUUGUUAUAUUUUACUUUUUGCUUGGCCUCUCACUCUAUCGCGUUCGCGACUUUCUCAAAAUUUUAAAAGUAUAAGAAAAAAAAGUAAAAACUAUAAUAAACAAGGCAAGCCACAUUGCAGUACGGGACGAGUAUGCGAACAUGAGCAUAUGCAAUGUAUACAUAUACAUAAGUAUGUGUGUCUGUGCAAAUUAAUGACAACGAAGCCAAUGCGAAGCGAGUGUGCGUGAAUCGGGUGCAAUGAAAUGAGUUUGGCGGACUCGCAGUGUUUUCUUUAAAGUGCAGUUAAAAAUAAAUACAUACACUUGCACGUGUGGUAUGUAUAGAUACGCUUUAAUAUGUAAUUGUAUUAGAUUGGUGUUUCAAAAGAAUUAGCAAAUAUAAUAAUUCAGGCGUAAACUAAGGAUUUUAUUGUACACAUAUACGUUUAAACGUUGUGUUUAAACAUUUAAAAUUUAAAUACUGCCUGAAAAGAACAACUGCUACCAGCAAUGGAUGCACACUUUGAGCAUUUAUGUCGAGUUUGUGCCGCCAACACAAAAUCCAAAACUAACUCAGUUAUUGAAAGUGUUUUUAUUUUCAAAACAUCGGGAUUAAAGGAUAAAAUAUCGCGACAUCUCUUCCUAAAUGUUGCGGAGGAUGACCCUCUACCAAAAGUACUUUGUAAAUCCUGCUAUCGCCAAGUGGAAGCUACAGCAUCGCUUUCAAAUAUCGCCAAACACACGCAACGUGUGUUUUGCGAUUUUUUGUUGAGCACAGUGCCAAAACAUGCUCGCGAAGCUACUGCAGCACUACUUCCUUCACCUGUCGCAUCAACAUCAGCUCACAAUAUUCGGGAAUCCAGACAGUCAGAAUCGUCUAACACUGCUAGGAACACUAUCAGCUUGGAAAAUGAUACAUUUCAACCUAUAAGGCUGACACGUCCUCCGGAGACGACUAUCACACUAGCGCAACAACAAGAGAAAAGCAGCCAAGCACACAAUGACGUUGCCGUCAACUCAAAUAAUAAUGAUAAUAAGACCGGCAGUCAGCAGCAAAAACUGCAAAAUAUAUCCAGUACUGAAACUGCCCAGUAUAACAGAAAUCGCAGUAUCGUUAAAACCAGCUUUGUUCUGCCCCCUCGGCGGAAUAGUGUGUUUGUGGAUACAAGGUAUAGCUCCACACCUAUGUCAAUAGCACAGCGUUCAAUGCAACAACCACCGUCAUUAAUGCCUUUACAUCCGGAGAUGUCUGUAACGAAAACUUUGAAAAGUAGCCCAGAAAAAAAAAAUUCGCCGGCCGGAGUGAUAAACUUUAUACAGACUCAUGGUCGCAUUACAGGCUCUGCACCAUCAAUUGCGCCCCGAAUAAACAAAAAUUAUACAGAUGAAGAGACGAGCAAAUCCAUACAUACAAAAAAUCAAAUAGAUGCAUGUUCGACUGCCCAAACCGUUAACAAUGUAGGCGUGUCCAAUUUGCCAACUAGUGUACUUCAACAAAAACGGCGUAAUCUGAAGAACGCGUUGAGUAACAUCAGUGCCAUAAGAGAUGGGCAGGUAUCUCUUUUAAAGUCGGCUCACGAGCGACAGAGUGUAGAAAAUAUUGAUAUACGACCCCUAGUUACCACCACAGUGGUGCCACACUUAUCACUUUAUGGAUCCGAGCCAUCUGUCGAGGAAGCACUACCUGAGCAUAUUAUUAUAGCUGCACCGAAAAAGAAAAAGGAAGAGUCGCACUCACACAGUCGACAAUGUAUACCCCAAUCACAAAAAAUAAUAACUGCUCCUACAAAAUCUACUCAAAAAAGUACCGAUGCAACUUCACAAAAUUUUGCUAAAUCUAAGACUCCACCCAACAUGAGCAGCUUAACUGAUGCAAUUUCACUAGGAAAUGUUAUUCGUGAUCCUGAUCUUCUAAUGCUAAUAUUGAAAGCACUCAAAUGGCCAGUCACAAGUGGAAAUUGUGAAGACCAAAUGACAAAAUUAAAGAACUCAAAAUUUGCUGUAAUAAUGUCAGACUCUAAUCUGUUGCAGGAUACUGAUUUGACUCAGCUGCUGGGCCCCUAUCUGGGACCCAUGAUGAAUGUCAUUCAACAGCAACAAAAACAACCUUCUACUACUAAUGUAUCAAGUCCUUCACCAUCAGAAAGUCCAACACAAGCCACCUCUGAACUGCAAUCGAUCGGAGACUGUACAAUGUAUAAAUUACCCCCAGAGACAUCAGUUCAGUUGGUGCCCUCCAGUCCGACAGAUAAGGAGUCGCCACAAUUGGUAUCGAAUAAGGCGUUAGGUACAAAUGCAAAGCGUUUACAACGAAAGCCAAGAGCUCGAGAAUUUCUUGGCGAUGGGCAGCAAAAUACAUCGGCUCCAGAAACUUCAAACGCUGCUGUUGUUACUAACGAAUUGCUAAACAUUAACGCAAUGCUAAUUUCUCAAUUUGGUUCAAAUCCGGCCGAUGCAAUUAACGAAGCAUUGGUUUCAAUGUUGAACCAACAGCAGGACUCAAAGAAUCAACGCCAAACUCGGCGAAGUCGUAGUGUUUCAACAACGACUACUCCCCUGAACCUAGAAGAUAUUAUUCUUGUUGAGCCGCAAACAUCCUUGGAAUCUGUUUCAACAAAUGAUGAAGUCACUUUUAAGAUUCCGCCCCGAAAACUAGUGGAACUUCCUAUUAUAACACGGCCAGUAAUAAAGCGGCGCAAAGCUGUUAUGAAAAUGUCAGAGAAAAUAAGUUCAAGUAAGGAAUGCAAUAACGAAACGAGAAUAGACAAAAGCCAUGGAGAUAAUACGACUAAGACUGAGCUCGAAAAAUGCAAGGACAAGCAAAUUACUCCUCUCGUCCCAUCUAAAACUGAUAGUAAUUCAGGUGCCCAACAUGUUAUCGAUGUGCAACAAGCACCUACAAGCACGGUGCCGGAGAUAAAUUCUAGUGAGAUCAUUAACCAUAUAGAUUUUGAAUGUACAACUGAUAUUGGGGCUACUACUAAUACCACUGAUAAAAGUUGCGCCGACAAACCAGCAAUCCCAAGCGUUCGUAAAACAGAUGUAAAAGCUGCCCUUGGACAAAAGUUAUUGGAGGCAAUAGGAUUGCCUCAGACUGGCAAAAAUGUUACUCCGGAGUGUUCACGCAACACGUUACGCAGUGCAUUGAAGCGAUCUUUGAAGCAGGCUCAAGAACAGCAACAGCACCUUAAACGCGUUAAGCUAGAGGAACCUGUCAAACAAAUGGCAGAUUCGACUACAAAGCCCGGAGCAGGAGAGUCUUCAGAAGAACACAAAAAGGCCAUUGCUGAGCGGGAACUGGAAUUGCUCAAGCGAAAGUCUAAAAACGCAGAAAAAAACAGUUCGGCAAUCAAGGAUGAGAAGUCAGAACGUAUGGAUGUAAGUUCAUCGUCAUCCCGCAAUCGUCGAAUUCGUAAUAAAUCUAAAACUGAUGCUCAUGAGGAUGACUCUGGUAUUGAAGCAAAAAAAUCUGAGCGGUGGGAUGAAGACGAUGAUUUGCCAUUAAAAACCGAAGUAGAGAAGCCCACGGAGUACAUUAAUCGUCCUAAGCGCACAAGCAAGACGGUGUCCAAGUAUUAUAAGAGUCCAGGCAUUGAUAAAGCUUUGUCAGUCCAAAAGUCUCAACAUGCCAUGGGAACUCGCUCAACUCGGCAACGAUAAACUCAAGAUGAUCGCGCUACGUUUGACAUAUUAAAUAUGUGCAGACAUUGUUAAUACUUUGUAAUCAGGCCGAACUUUACGCGGUAUAUUCAUACAUACUUCAUUGUAAAUAGUUAAACUAUUAUUCAAAAAUAUUUAAGCAUAUGUUAUCAGCUAUGCUUACCGGUAACUAAUGCAAAUGAUAUUUUCCAUUUAGCAUAUUCAUUUAUUGCAAAGAAAAUAUAAAUAAGUUAAUUGGCAAAAAAAAUUUGUAUUAUUUUACACACGCACGUAAAACUCCUAUA